AUCCCCAAAAGACCCUUGGAUUUUGGAAGUCACUCCGUUUUCCGUUCCUCUUUUACCUGUAACACACAAACAACUAACCAAACCAGGUACACCUCUGUCUGAAUCAUCAUUUCCAACAUUUAACGUUAAUCAACUUCAACUCAACCAUGUAAGUUUUAACCACCACCCUAUACUACUACUCUUCAAUAAGCUGCAAAAUUUUAUUUUAGGAUUGCAACAAUUCAAAUAUUAAUUGUUUUUACAAUGUAUGAUUUGGGUUGAAUCUCAAAACAACCAAAGAUUGCAUCUUUCUUCAAACCAAACACCAUCACUUUGAACAAAUGUAUUGGGUUCUUCUGAAUCUUCUGCUUUUUCUUCUUGUUGUUCUUCUGAAUACAAGAAACCAUUAGAAUGACCCCUUUAAUUAUCUUCAUCAUAGUAAUUUUAGCUAUUGUGUUUUUCAUCUCUGGUGUCCUCCAACUGUUUGUUAGAUUUCUCAUACGAAAAAGAUCUUCUUCAAGAGCUUCACAAUCCAAUAAUAAUAACUACCCUCAAAUGUCUGAACCUGAUCCUUAUCAGAGACAGUUGCAGCAACUCUUCAAUCUUCAUGAUUCUGGCUUAGAUCAAGCUUUCAUUGAUGCUCUACCGGUUUUCCUUUACAAAGAGAUAAUAGGUUUGAAAGAGGUUUUUGAUUGUGCUGUUUGUCUUUGUCAAUUCACAGAACAGGACAUGUUGAGAUUGUUGCCUCUUUGUAAUCAUGCUUUUCAUAUUGAUUGCAUAGAUACAUGGCUUCUUUCUAAUUCAACUUGUCCUCUUUGUAGAGGAAGUCUUUAUGAACAUGGAUUUGCUUUUGAAAAUCCGGUUUAUGAUGAGUUUGAGAAUCUAAGUGAAGAGAAUAUGGUUUCUGGCAAUGUUGUUGGUGAGGGCAACUCUGUUAACAGGCAUGCGGAAAAUCAUAUAAUGAGUGGGAAAAGAGUUUUUUCGGUUAGGCUUGGAAAAUUUAGAAGCUCAAAUAAUGGAGAAGGGGGUGUGGAAAGAAGUGAAGGAGAGUGUAGUGGUAAAAGUGUUGUUGGUGAUGUUAGGAGAUGCUUUUCAAUGGGUUCUUACCAAUAUGUAGUUGCUGAUUCAGAUUUGGUAGUGGCUUUGUGUCCUAAUAGAGGUGAAGGGAGAGGAAAAAGUGCUAGUAUGAGACAAUUGAAAGGAGGGCUUGCUCAAAAUGGGAAUUGUUCCAUUGAUGUGGAUGUUGUUGAAGGGAAAAAGAUAAAUGUUGCUAGGAAAGGUGAAAGCUUUUCUAUUUCAAAGAUUUGGUUGUGGUCUAGGAAGGAUAAGGUAUCAAGUUCAUCACAAUCCCAUUUGGUUAAUUCUAAUGUCACUUCAACUUUGCCAUGGAUGAAUAGAGAACUCAAGGAAGCAACUUAGUGUUUGUGUUUUAGACAACUUUCAAAUUUUCUAUGAGUUCAUUCUUUGAACUCCUUUUUUCCCCCUUCAUACUAGUAUUAUUGGUUAUAUAUACUUGUAAAUUAUGUCAUAUACAUCUAAUUAAGUUAUAUCCUUUGAGUGAGAAUUGUUCUUGAGUGUGUGAAUGUUGUAUACCUUAAACAAGUUGAGUUAUCCAACCCUCCAUUCCUACAAAGAUUGUCAAAACCAAGCAUAUGUUUUGCUCUUAUGAUGUUUUUGGAAAUUCUAGUUGGAGGAGGUUAUGAGGUAAAUGAAAACAAGAGUGAGAAGGUGGACCCUUGAUGCCACUAUGAUGUAAUGUUUUAUUUGUGUUACAAAAGUGAUAUUUUUUAAGCAAUUA